AUGGCUACCAGCUCCGGCACGCUUCCCAGUGACAAUGUCACUCCGCACAAUCCCGCCGAUCCUGCCUCUACAUUGAUAAACGUCAAUGUAUCGAAUGUCUCCAAACUUGACGGGACAAACUAUAUCACUUGGAGUAUCCAACUUCAAGCCCUCCUCGAAGGAUACAACCGCGAGUCUUAUCUCGACCAAACCACUGCUCCGGCGUCCACGGUCAUCACUAAUGACACCAUCACGCCAAAUCCGAUGUACACCCCAUGGCACCGUCAAGAUCGGCUCGUGUUUUCAGCACUCCUUGGCUCGAUCUCACCCGCUUGCCAAGCACUCGUCGCGACGUCCUCUUCCUCUGCUGCUGCAUGGAAAUCUUUGGCCGACACCUAUGGACGCUCCAGUCAUGGACAUGUAAAACAAAUAAAAGAACAACUACGUCGGCAUAACAAAGGAGCCAAAUCAAUCGAUGAAUACAUGCGAUUCUUCAAGAUCAAGGCGGAUGAACUUGCAUUGCUCGGAAAACCGAUGGAUCAUGAAGAUCUUGUUGAUCUUAUUCUUGUUGGCCUAGGUGAUGAGUACAAGGCGGUCAAAGAUGCGGUUCAUGCUCGAGAUACAUCUAUCUCAUUCAUCGAACUUCAUGAGAUGCUGAUUUGGUUGUCUCUCAACCAUCGGAUAUUCCGAUCUCCGCCCAUGUUGCACACUCCAGUGGCCGUCCCCCUUAGCGUGCUCGCGGUGGCCGACAACACUCAACCUACAAUCAUCGGAUGCCAUCUCCUACGACAAACACUCAGUCGUACACGCGCGGAUCUCCUCGGCCCUACCUUGGAAAAUGCCAAUUGUGUGGCACCCAAGGUCAUAGUGCAAGGACUUGUCACCUUCUCCCAGCACCGAUCUCCCGGACCUCCAAUCAGUUCUCGGCUCCACCAUCGGACGUCUCUCCAUGGCGUCCCACAGCUCAUCACGCGGCUGUACCUCCUCCACAACCUUCAUCACCAUGGUUACUUGAUUCCGGUGCAUCCCAUCAUGUAA